ACUUAAUAAAUGCAUAAUUUGAGAUCUUGUUUCAUAAUAACAUAAUCCACCAUUACAUUAAAUGGGACAGCACUGUUUUCUGCAUGUGCUCUGUGCUUCCCCUUUAUUUUUAAGUUCGUGGAGCUCUUCUAAUACUCUCAUAGAUUCCUUUUCUCUCUCUGUCUCAAAGUCAGAAACAGAAACUAAGUUGUAUAAGAACCAAACCCCAUACGCGCACUUUUUCAAACUUCAGUAUCUUGAUUUGUUUUCUCCUUCCUCUUAAACAUGUCAACUCCUUCAUCAUCUUCUUCUAUUUGGGUGUUGUCUAACAUAAAGCUUCAGUUCUUUGCUCGCAUCAGACGGUUUCUCCAAUCCAAAGCAACCAGAAAGCGUUUUGAUCCCUCCGAUCGCUUUGACGCGGCUAAGAGCAGAGGUGAACACAACAAGAAGGCUGAAAAUAUUGGAACAGAACAGGUUAUGCAGAAGACUGAAGAGGAGGAGGAAGAAGAAGUCUCUGCGAUCAUGUUGCAGAGAACUGUGAAGAUGCUUCACUUUGGAAGCUGGGAAGAGAAGGAAGUGGCGGCAAAAGAGAUUGAAAAGUUAGCCAAGGAAGAUGUUAACGUCAGAAAGUUGAUAACAGAACUUGGGGUGGUGCCGGUGUUGGUAUCUAUGGCGGCGUCGCCGGUGGCUAGCCGCCGGCGAGCCGCGUUGACGGCGUUGGUCCACCUGGCUGAUGGAACUUACACGAACAAGGCUUUGAUAGUUGAGGCAGGAAUAUUGUGCAAGCUGCCAAAGAAUAUUGACCUUGUAGAUGAAUCAACAAGAAGUAAAUUGGCAGAGUUGCUUUUGUCUCUGUCAUCUCUUGCAAACACUCAGUUCCCUCUUGCUUCGUUAGACUUUCUCCCAUUACUUAGACACAUUUUUGAGACAGACACAUGUUUUGACACCAAACAAUCGUGUUUGAGUGCUUUGUAUAAUCUAUCAACUGUUUUAGAGAAUGCAUCACCUAUGGUUUCAAGCGGGGUGGUCCCUAUCCUCUUGGAAGCGUCCUCGUUAAAAGAAAUUUCAGAGAAAGCACUUGCCACUCUAGGGAACUUGUCAGUGACUUUGAUGGGGAAAAAAGCAAUAGAGAACAGCACAAUGGUCCCAGAAACCUUCAUUGAUAUUUUGUCAUGGGAAGAUAAGCCUAAAUGCCAAGAGUUAUCCGUGUAUAUUUUAAUGAUUCUAGCACAUCAAAGUUCGUUGCAAAGAAAGAAGAUGGCAGAGGCAGGGAUUGUUCCUGUGCUUCUUGAAGUGGUUUUAUUGGGCAGCACUUUGGCUCAAAAGAGAGCAAUGAAACUAUUGCAAUGGUUUAAGGAUGAAAGGCAGACUAAGAUGGGGCCACAUUCUGGUCCACAAACACCAAGAUUUGCGAUGGGGUCACCUGUAAAUCAAAGAGAAGCAAAAGAAGGGAAGAAAAUGAUGAAGAGUUUGGUGAAACAGAGUCUGCACAGGAAUAUGGAAAUAAUAACUCAUAGGGCAAACGCUGCAGGGGAGUCUUCUAAAUUGAAGUCUUUGAUCAUCAGCACAAGUUCCAAGAGUUUGCCUUACUAAGGCUCAUUCUUUUUACACUUUCUUUCCCAUCAAAAUUCGAAGUUGACACAGCUUUAGCAGUUUAGGUUUUCCUCAAAUGUUCUGUUGUUUGGCACCAGCCAUUGACGGCAUCACCUUAUGGGACAAAAACGUGAAAAACUACGGAACGUGAAAAUGUUACCUUGACAUUUCGUGUUACAAAACAACAUUUGUAUAUGUUGACAGAUAUAAAUGAAAAGUUUCCAGUGACA